AUGGACGACCUGACGACCGACAUCCUCAUCCACAACGACGAGUCCGCCCUGCAGGACCCCGAAGACCGCGAAGAUGACGCCGCCGAGGGCUCAUCCACCCCCGGCUCCGGCGGCAACGGCGACAAGGCCGAGAAGAAGCGGCGCGGCUUCCGGGGCCUGCUGAAGAAGGCUAGCAUGCAAGACCAGCUCCUAGACAAACUCUUCCAGCAGGUGAUACCCGUCGACGACGCGCCGCCGGGCCAGGUGCAGGACAUGGACGUGCCCGACGACAGCAUGCCGUCGUACUCGCAGCGGCCCGGGUUCAACAUCACGACCAUGUCCAACAACUUCCGGCGGUUCAACGCGCGCAUCGGCGUCGUCUUCAAGUUCCAGGCCCGCGUCAUCCGGCUGCUCUCGUGGCGCCGGCCCUCCCACACGGCCGCCCUGCUCGCCGUCUACACCCUCGUCUGCCUCGACCCCUACCUGCUGACCCUGCUGCCGCCCGCUUUCCUGCUCUUCGGCGUCCUGGUCCCGGGCUUCGUCGCCCGGCACCCGGCGCCCGUGUCCCGGUCCAGCGAGCUCCGCGACGGCAAGCUCCAGGCCCACGCCGCCGCCGACGACUACUACUUCUCGCCGCGGGGCCCGCCCAUCGCGCCCGCGCGCACGGUCAAGCCGGUCAAGGAGCUCUCGCGCGACUUCUUCCGCAACAUGCGCGACCUGCAGAACAGCAUGGACGACUUCUCGGUCGCGCACGACGCCGUCAUCGACGCCGUCGUGCCCGCGACCAACUUCUCGGACGAGGCCCGCUCCUCGGCGCUCUUCGUCGCCCUGGCCCUCGCCUGCCUCUCCCUCUCCAUCGCCGCCCACCUGCUCCCCUGGCGCCUGCUCGCCCUGGCCGGCGGCUGGGCCGCCGUCGCGUCGGGCCACCCGGCCGUCGCGCGCGCCCUGCAGCAGGCCCGCGCGCAGCACGUCGCGCCGCAGCGCGACCGCGCCAAGGGCCUCCUGCAGGCCUGGGUCCGCGCCGACAUCACCCUCGACGAGGCGCCCGAGCAGCGCGAGGUCGAGAUCUUCGAGCUGCAGCGCCUGUCGCCCGCGUCGGGCGAGUGGGAGGCCUGGGUCUUCAGCCCGAGCCCCUACGACCCGCUCUCGCAGCCGCGCAUCGCCGGCGAGCGGCCCGCCGGCACGCGCUUCUUCGAGGACGUCCUGCCCCCGCGCGGCUGGGAGUGGAGCGGCAAGAAGUGGGCGCUCGACCUCUGGAGCCGCGAGUGGGUCGAGGAGCGCAUCAUCACGGGCGUCGAGGUCGAGACCGAGGGCGAGCGCUGGGUGUACGACAUCUACAGCGAGAGGGACGGCGCGACGGGCGUCGUCGACGCCGCGGCCGACGGGCUGCCGCCGCCGCCGCCGGUGGUGGACAGGCCCGGUGUCAGCUGGGAGGAGGGCGAGGAGGGCAUGGGCCGGCGCGGCGAGUGGAGGCGGAGGCGGUGGGUGAGGAUGGUCAGGAGGAAGAAGAUCACCGGGACGGCUUGA